UAGCUCACGCCAAACGCUCGAGACAUUCACAGGGUUAACUAGGUGAAAUGGUUGUUCUGGUCAAACAAAGUCCUCAGCUGGGCAGCAAAGCGAUGGAUGGAAAUCAGCACAAAGUCGAGGCCAAUGUUCUGCUGCUUGGAGCAGAAAAUGUUGGAAAGUCAGCCCUCACUGUGCGGUUUCUCACCAGAAGGUUCAUCGGAGAAUAUGGGGAUAUCGAAUCAAUAUACAGUCAUAUUGACAAAACAGAUGGCCGAGAUGUAGCCUUAAACAUUUGGGACUCCCUGUAUCCACAGAGCUGCGAAACAACCGAAUCUAUCAGUGACAAGCAGCUGCAGUGGGCAGACGGUGUGAUCCUGGUCUACAGCAUCUGCGAUCGCUCCAGCUUUGAGGUGGUCCGACAACAGGUGCAGCUCAUCCGGCGGACCAGGAAGCUGUCUGCCUCUGCCCCGAUUAUCAUCGUGGGGAACAAGCGAGACCUGCUCCAUCAGAGAGCCGUGUCGAGCGAGGAGGGCAGACUCUUCGCCCUUUCGGCAGACUGCGGCUUCUUCGAGAUCUCGGCGGCUGAAACCUACCACGGUGUGCUGCUGGUUUUUCACGAAAUCCUGGGCCUCAUCAAGGAGUCCAGAGCACUUAAAAGGGGGAUGGUCGGAAUCAAGGGUAUAGUGAGAAGCGUGUCUGCCGUGUUUGGAAAGAAACGAGAGUGAUGAACCGUCGAAGAUGAUGAGCAAGAUGAAGAUAUGAGGCCCCUGGCAGCCUAGCAUCUAAAUAGCUGAGAAGAGGACCCCGGCCGAUGGGUUUUUGUGGCCGAAGGGAGCCACUUUUUAACCUUCAUGGAUGGUGGAAGGAAAAAGAAUAAGAAAGCAUGUUAGAAGUUGAGAGCCCAGGUUUAUGGUGAAGAAAAGUAGAUGAAGUUUGUUACAGCAAGGCGCUAAAAGGUGUGCUGAAGAUAAGUGAUCCUGGGAUUUGAUGCAAGUUGGUUAGUGGCUACGUGUAUCAAAUGAAUUGAGAGACGGCCCAGAUCUGAUGUAGUCUUUGUCAUUUCUCACAGAAUGAUCAUUCAGCUCUGAACAGAUGAUUUAGACAAAUUCGAGUGAGCUUCUGCUUUGGAUUACAGAUGCUUGAAAUGUAGAGAUGGACUUUAUCUUCCCUAAAUUGUUCCUUUAAGUCUCCACUGACAUUUCGAUGUGAAUUAUUAAAUGUGGCAAUUGAGACUGUGUAGUAAAAUGUAUAUAUUUUAUGUAUAUAUUGUAAUUUCCGUAACCUGUUUCUUGGUUGGUGAAAUGUUGUAUACAUGCUACUCAAGUAAAGACACAUUCACACCAAGAAUGAUAACUGUAACUAUAAAGCACAGUUAUAAUGAUAGUGCCACAAACAAUUGCUAAUGAAAUCUAAAACCAUUGACAUCCAAUAAGCUUGUUGUCCUUUGGCGUGUAUGCCAAAAUGGUUACUGUUAAAGUUAUCAUAAUCGUUUCUUGGUGUGAAUAGCCUAACGAAAUGACAUGUUGUUGUUCAGUCUUACACUUUUGUGUAUAUAAACACAAUGUAAUUUAGUUGAAGACCUCCUUUGAGAUGUUUUUAAUGCUUGUAUCUAAAAGAUUUUUCAAUAAAGUGAAAAAACGUA